GAGCUAUGACGAGCCCUUCUUGCGAACGUUGGUUGUGGUACCCUGAAUGCGUAGCCUUGUUCGACUUCUGCCAAGGCGCAAUCUGUGACAAAGUCUGCCGUUGGUUAUUCCUCGAUGAGACGAAUGCUUCUCCUCUCUCUUUGCAGUAUACCAACACAUCAACAUAGUACCGCUUCUGUCAUCUGGGGCUACCUUGGCAUGUACCGUCUGUUAACGAUAGCUGAAUCCAGCCAGCCAGAGGUCAGCGGUCAAAGUGUGCGAAUAUCAGCACGAUUGCUCGAGAUGAACUUGCGCUCUCCAAAUAGUGGGAGAAUCUUGACAUUGUAUGCUGUUGGAACGAAACGAAGAAGCUGUUAGUAGUUUUGAUGCAGUCCCCAAGG